AUGGAGAGUGUGGAGACUGGAAAUACCUUAAAAUUGUCCAUUUUCGCGUCUGUCGACGGAGUCAGUCUUCACGGGAAUUCAAAGUAAGGAAUCGAACGAGAUGUCAUACAAAGUUGGUGUACUUUUAGGAAAAAAAUCUGGCCAUGCACUCUCAAACUUGCUGAUCUUCCCACCGCUGAAAUGCAAAAGUCGGAAAAUAUUAUGUUAGAGGCUAUAGUUGAAGGAGUGAAGAACCCAUCUACAACUUUCUGGAACACUUUAUUGCCUUUUAUUUUCACCGAUAUUGAAGGAAAAACGGGACAGGUGAACGGAACGUCAUUUUCUGCCAAAAUCGUCUCAUUCACGGCCGAUCAGCCGGUACUCGGAAUACUACAUGCACUAAGUAACGAAAAUUCCACUUUUUCCAGGCCAAGAGAAGUUUGUUCGGAUUCGCUGCUCCAAAUUCCGAAUUAAGUUGUUUCUACGGUCUUUGUUCGGGAACUUUGCACAAAAAACGUGGACAAGGUCCCACAAAGUCCGAAAUUUCUAGCUGAACAAUAAAUCUCGUUUAGAAAGAUACACUGUGCGUCAGGGCGACCUGACGAAACAAGACGGACUGUCAGGGACCAACGGAUUCAAGAAUGUACCGCCCAAGAUUCUUGAUAAGAUUCUCCCAUACGACACAAUUGUUGACGUCUUGCACAAUCUUCCAGAAGGUCUCCUGGACAUCAUUAUGACCGGUAAUCUUCAUCUGCAACUCCCAUUAUACUGCUUUCUGUUUAGAAAUGAAAGGAACCACUAAAAAAGCCAAGUCUCCGUUGUUCAAGGAUCCCAACGGCACAACAGAAGCAUUAGCCGAAAACGUGUUGUGCUCUCCGUAUUUUCGAAAAAUGAAAAGACAAAGGAACGCCACGGAAAAGCUGAACGUAUUGCAAUCAUUCCAGAUUGUUGGGAACUUCAAAAUUUGCAGUAUUUCCGAGUUCACAUUGGACUUGCGGCACUUGUCAACGAGAGUAUAGAUAGCAAGGCGCGCGUCGUUCUGAUCUCUCUAAUGCUUCUGUGCAAUCAUAUGUACAGUGGAUGUGAAAUAGCCGGAGGUUUCUACUUUCAUUUAUGCGACGUAGCAAAACGGGUUUUGAUGGAAGCGUCUCCUACGUACAUGACAAUCAAAGUUCACGUUAGUUUUUAAUUUAAAUUGUGUAUUCGAUGAAACAAGUUGCAGGAGGUCUUGGAACACCUUCCGUACGUAUUCUGGAAGUUCGGAAACCCAGCUCCAUUGAGCACUUUCAGUUAUGAAAGCUACUAUAAGUUUUCUUUGACCGGAUUCAAUCCGCAGCUUACAACUGGAUUUAUAGAGACGGCGGCUAUGAGGUUCGUUGCACAAGUCGGACGAAGGAUAUAAAAGGAUUUCAGGGUUCUUUUGCAUGUCGCCGCGCGACGGGAAGUGACGAGACGAGCCGUUGAUGCACCAUCUGAAGAUCUCGAUAUGUUUCUUCGAGAAACAUCAGAUUUGCGACCUUUUCACAUCAGCUGGAGUCACCGGAUUGAUCUACGGACAGCAGAAGAAACACAGUUACUAGCUGGUGCUGAUGCAUAUGGACAAGUUGACUUAGCAUUCGGAAAACUGGUUUCCAAGCAUAGCAAAGAAUCGACAACAUCAGACAUGAUUUUUGCGCAAAAUGACGAUGGGACUUGCUCCUGUCAUCGUUUUGUGGCAGCUACAGUUGCAAAUGGAUCACUAGUUGGGUUCAUAACGGAGCCAGUCACAGAACUUGCCCGCCCACUUCAAUUCAAUACUCUACGCUCACUGACAGAAAUGGCAACUGGAACGCCGAUCGAAAACGCAGUGGCUUAUUUGAUCACUCAUUUGAGAGUGUACAAAGGGCUCCUUCAUGGAAGACUCUCCGAAAAGAGGCGCUUUGUGGCUGCAAAACAGAUCCGUGGGAUUGCUGCAAGCAUCGAGAGCAAUGGAACGCAUUACUUUUUGCAAGUGAACGGAAUUCCAAUUCACAAUUAAUUCAUUAUUACGUUGUUCACAAUCUGUACAGUGAGUAAUUUGGACGUAACUACUUCGACUACUUCCACCCCCCUCCCUUCCCAUUCCAAGUUUCCAGAAGAUAAUCGAGUAAUAAGCAGUGACGAUAUCAAUUCUCAUUAUUUGAUCCUUUAUAAACGCUUAAAACACCUCUGAUGACAUGCCGAAGGUCAAAACGAGGGCAGCGAGCCACGUGGGGGCGGCCUCUCCACGUCCGCGUUUCAUCCUCAUUUCAUCCUCAUUUCACCCCCCGCGUCGUCCUCGUUUCAUCCCCGGCUUCCCCCCACACUAUCAUCCAGCGCAUUCUCUCCCACUUUCUGUCAUUAUUAGUGUCAUGAAGGCAGUGAAACCCGAAAAAAACAGGACGAGCCGGCCGGAAGAAGCGUUUUUCGCACAACUCUCGAUGGUAAUCAUCUUUUUGUGAAUCAGAUCCUCGUUCUUACAGAACUAUGUAACUUCGAGAAGCACGCUCAACGAACUUGUCAAACCAGCGAAAGAGCAGAAAUCUGCUGAAACUGCUCAGGAUUCUGACUGGACUAUUGCCAAUUUAGACGCUCCGUUGGUCAAGAUGGCAGCACCGAAAUCUACUCCAGAAGCGAGGUCGGGAUCUUAUGAGAAGCCGGUCAAAGUUUCUCAUUCUGACGCUUGGAUUCCGGCUGAAUUUAUGCGUCGGGCGUGUAUCGAUCCGGUUACGGGUCAUCCUUAUUCACGAGAAGACUGUGAUGUGAGUUAUUUGACAAUUAUAUUUCCAGAAUUUCGAGAAUUCCUUUCAGAGGAACAUCGACAACCUGCUCAAGACGAGGAGAAAGAUUGAUUACUACGGACUCGUCGAAAAUGCGUGCCAGGUUGACGUCGUCGUCGACCCUCAAACUUCCUAUCUAACUUCGGCGUUUUCGUUGCUCAUGGUAAAGUAAACAUUGACUUCCAUAUUCUUUAUUCUCUUUUCAGCUCGAAAAAGUGCGAAACGAGAAGAAAGUUAAGAACACUUCGGCUCCUGUGACUCAAAUCAACACGGCAAAAGGAUUCAACUUGGCGCAGGCAAAAGCGGUGGAUUCUCCUGUCGCUUUCCCCGGCGGACUCGUCAUAAAGGUGACAGAUAUGAUCACGACUGCUACAGUGCGCGUCAUAAUGAUAGCACACCCCCCUAUUUGGACGAUAUGGAGAGAACUAAAGAAUAUGACGGAAAAUGGUGAUUGCCAUUGUUUUCUACGCCUAAAAAAACCUACGUAGCCAAUUUUCUAGGUAUCCCACGCAAAAAAUAAGACUAGGGUACCAAAAAGUCGUUAAAACAGGCGCGUCAUAAAGAUAGCACACCCCUCAAAAAAUCAUACACUUUCAUUCAAUUCUUAACUUUUUCUCUGGGUUAUAACUUAUUUUUUUGAUUUUUUUAAUUAUGCUUUUUGAUGUUUUUUUGUUUAAUUUAUUCAUAUUUUGUUGGAGUUACAGUAGUACCAAAGUUUUACUACAGCAUCCAGUGUGAUGUGCAGGCUUCAGAAGAAGGAUGAUGUGCAGGCUUCACCAGAAUUUGGGAUUCACUUGAAUUAAUAUUUGGGAUUCUCCUAAAAGUACUCUCAUUCACUCCUCUCUCAAAAAAUAGGACGCUCUACUCUGCUGACCCAAUCCGAACAGGAUCAAAUAAAAGCUUAUGGAUCAAUUGGGACUCAAUCAUAGCGAUAUGUCUCGUCGUUUGGGCCGAUCAAGAAAUGCAUCAUCAACUUCUUGCGUGAUCCGAUAACGUACGGCGUGACAAAGUCUCCUGGACGACCAAAAAAACACUCAAUGAUCGCGAUGAACGUGCAGUGGUACGAACUGUAUCCAACUCUAUGAAGUCUGCCAAUGAUGCUAAGAAGGAGCUGAACCUUACGGUCUCCACGUCGACUGUCCUUCGUACAAUUCAACGUUUUAUGGUUAUCGGUCAUUUUAGGAAUCGGUUUCAUGAUUUGACGAACGAUAACUCCAGAGGACAGUCGACGUGGAGACCGUAAGGUUCAGCUCCUUCUUAGCAUCAUUGGCAGACUUCAUAGAGUUGGAUACAGUUCGUACCACUGCACGUUCAUCGCGAUCAUUGAGUGUUUUUUUGGUCGUCCAGGAGACUUUGUCACGCCGUACGUUAUCGGAUCACGCAAGAAGUUGAUGAUGCAUUUCCUUGAUCGGCCCAAACGACGAGACAUAUCGCUAUGA